AUGGCGAACAUGUCCGCACAAGAAGUUAUCGCGACUUUGGGCCUUACGCCCCACCCCGAGAAGGGUUAUUAUGUCGAGACGUUUCGAGACACCGUCGCACCAGGCUCCCGCGCACACAGCACAUGCAUCUACUAUCUUCUCGAAGGAGAGGCGGGCUUGUCGCACUGGCACCGAGUGAUGGAUGCGGUAGAAACAUGGCAUUACUAUGCCGGAGCUCCGAUGCAGCUCUCGCUGUCUUGGGAUGAUGGGACGCCGACUCGAGACUUCAUUCUCGGCAUCGACCUCGCUAAGGGGCAGCGGCCCCAGGCUACGGUUGCACGCAAAGAAUGGCAGCAUGCUAAGAGCUUGGGAGACUGGACGCUGGUAGGUUGUACAGUGGCGCCUGCUUUCCAGUUCGAUUCCUUUGAGAUGGCUAAGCCUGGCUGGGAACCUCGAGUAUCCGAAUCGAAAUAA